AUGGAAGCACAUCAUUCACUAUGGCUAAAAAUCCCUAAAGACAUGGAUCCCGAUUUAGAAAGUGAAGACAAACAAAAUGCUGAAAUUUUAGGCAUAAUUAUUUUUGCCGAAACUAAACCUACAGAUACAUAA